AUCAAAUUACAAUUUCAGAUAUAAACAUGUCUCGUCGAUGAUGGGAUAUGGCCGUCUAUGCGAGUAUUUUUGUCACUCCUUUUAGUCCUACACAAAAAUGUAAUGUAGUUUCUUUCAGGCAUUUCGUCAAACAACUUCAAAGUCACACAAUUCAUUUCACUGAUAAUACAAAAAUAUGUCUUCUACUUCCGGUUCUCCUACACCCCACCACCGUGUCUCCCCUGAUCACACCAAGGAAGAAAGACCAAGAUUCUUUGACGCCAUGACCAAGAAACUCUGCUGGUCCAGAGCCGAAAUCGUCCCCGGUCGACACCCGGAACGGUGGCGUAAAGAUGCAGCAGGAAACAUUGUCUGCAGACGCUUCUGUAAUUGUCAGGGUUGUCUUUGCUUUGAAUAUGAUCACAUUGUCCCUUUUUCCAAAGGAGGGGAAUCAGUGCUUGAGAAUUGUCAAAUUCUGCAAACCAGAGUUAAUCGAGUUAAGUCGGAUAAGGAUGGUGUUGACAAGACUCAAUUGCGCGGUUAUUCUUGUGAUAUUAAUUUCACUGAUAAGGAGCUGGACAUAAUUGAAAUGGCGGUAUAUGGUGAUGUAAUUAGGCCAGGGAAUCAAUGCCGUUGUAGAAGCAUUGAUGAAUUGCUUGGGAAGUACAAGCCUAAAGACCAUACAGCCGCCUGUAAGUUGCCGUGAAGUGAUGGCUUCAUAUCAUAGACACGUGAUCAUUCAACUUAAAUUAAUUUAUUUUGGAAUCCAUGUGAUUUUGUGGGUUCAAUCUUUAUCUGUAAGAGACCUGAGAAAUAGAAAAAAUAUGGCAUAAACAUAAACAGCAGGAUAUUCCUAAUGAGAUCCAUUGCAUAACAUAAAUACAUAUACGAUGAUUCUUGUUA